ACCUUCCAAUAUACUUUUGCAUCAAACACCACAUUACUACUAAACUCACAAAUUUGGCCUUCCAAUAUACUCCUGUUUCUCUCUUCUAGACGUGAAUAGGCUUACUUGCUCCCCCAUUUCCACUAAGAAAAUCAGCCAUGGCCAAGAUAGUUUCAAUUCUCCUUUUGGCCCUCCUUGCCAUCUCCAUGCUUGCUACCACUGUUCUGGCUGCAAAUGGCAAGCACCACCAUGCUAAAAAGUAUGGACCGGGAAGCUUGAAGCCCUCGCAAUGUCUGCCACAAUGUACAAGGAGGUGUAGCAAAACACAGUACCACAAGCCAUGCAUGUUCUUCUGCCAAAAGUGCUGCAACAAGUGCUUGUGUGUUCCACCUGGUACCUAUGGAAACAAGGCUGUUUGUCCAUGUUACAACAACUGGAAGACCAAGGAAGGAGGACCCAAAUGCCCUUGAAUUACACUUGUAGUUCCUCUAUUUUCUUCAUCUAAUAUGUCUACCUAAUCUUCUUGUUUUGUCUGCUCUUAUUGCUGUUGCACUUCUAUCUGACCCUACUGGCGGUUUUAUGUAACAUGACCAUAUUUCCAGCUUAAAUGGAACAAAAAUAUUACUCUUA